AUGUAUGCAAACAAUCAGUUUACUACUAAUUUAAUUAAUAGUAAUUCUAUCGAAAUUUGUGAUCAAUUUUAUGAACAUAUUAUAAUAUCGGGUAGUAAUCCGUAUGACCGGGGAGUUAGUUAUGGCCGACAAGUCAAACAAAAAAUCAUUGCAAACAUAGAUUACUAUAAAAAUUGCGGUAUUUUUGACGAUUGGCCAGCCGUUAGGCGCUAUAUUGACGACCAUUAUGUCAGUGCAUUGAAACAAUACUAUCCGUCCGGUUUGGCCGAAAUGGAGGGCAUUGCCAACGGAGCUGACUGUCUGGUCGAAGAUAUAAUUAUGUUGAAUGCUAGGUAUGAUCUGUCGAGAUGGAGCCGACACUUAAACUUACAGAAAAAACAACAACAACAACAACCACAAGAGUGUACCGGAGCUGUAUGUCUAUCGACGGCUACUAAUGAUGGCGAUGUCCUUAUCGGACAAAACUGGGAUAUCAAUAGACGUAUAAUGGUUGACAACAUUGCCGUACUGUUGGAGAUAUAUCCCGAUCCGGAUGAAGGUAUCGCACCGUUCUUUAUGUUUACCGAAGCCGGACAGUUAGGCAGAAGCGGUAUGAAUGCCAAUGGAUUAGGACUGGUAGCUAUGGGCCUGUUCGCCAGUGAUGAACAGUACGAUGAUAAUGGUGCCCAAUAUCUACCGGUAACACUAUUGAGACGAAUGUUCAUAGAGGCGCCUAGUUUUUCGGUAGCACUCAAACGCGUGACAUGGCUUCCGCGACACGUGGCGGUCAAUAUGCUGGUGGCCACAGCCGAGGACGAGGCCAUCAACAUAGAGCUUACGGCUACUAAUGUGUUCAUAUCAUAUCCGUCCAUCAAAACCGGAAUCUAUACGCAUAGCAAUCACUUUAAAUCCAAAGGAUAUCUUUGCAGCAGUUCUGGCGUUAAGGACAUCAAUCGGUUUGCGUCGUCGCUGUUCAGAGACCGGCAGUUAGAGAAAGAGCUGACCAAACGCUGGCCAAACAUCGACGACCAGAGUUUUGUCGAUUCGUUUAAAAAUCAUUUGGGUUAUCCCGACUCUCUUUGCCUACAUGUGCCCAAUAAAGGCAAAGAACGGUCGUCUACGUCGCCAAAUGAGUGUACGGUUGCCAACAUUGUCUACAAUUUAACGAAGCGCACAGUUAGACUAUGUAAGGGAUCUCCCUGUGCGGGCGUCUAUAGAGAAUAUCGGUUUAGUAAAUCAAUAACAAACAAUUAAUAAUAAUAAUAGACAUAAUAAGUAUGUUUUAAUCGCGUGAUUUAAGUUUUCUUAAUUAUC